UGCCUGCUUGCAAGUCGCGCAAAAAAUAGAAGCGGCGGCCGUUGGGGGAAAAGAGUAAAUAGAGAGAGAAGCCUCAAGAUGGCUGACUCGCUAGGCUCUGCUCACCUCACCGGAGCUGCUACUGCGGUAGCCCCGGCGGUCGCCUGCGACAAAAGCCCGCUCAUCAAGCCGAACGAGGCGAAGGAAGCCUCUGACAACCGCUCUCAGUCUUCCCGGGAUUUUAACCCGCCGCCGCCCAAGAAGGUCCGAGUCGAGGAGAGGAGCGUUAAACCCAGGAAACUCAGCAGGGAAGGAGUGGGAGGCAACGGUAGCGGCAAAGAGAAACUCCAGCAGCCCACGAAGCAGCAGAGUUAUGGCAGCAGCACGGGCUUGAGCACCUUCAGCCCGGUUAAGACGGGCAGCAACAACCCUCCGGUGUCUGCCACCGGGGGAACAAACACACAUAAAGUCUUCAAACAGAGCGAUUUCUUCCUCCACAAAGCGCCUUCCUCUUCAAAACCCAGGAAACCGAGUAAAGACAAGCAGCAAGGGAAAGAGAGGGAGAAAGGAGGCGGAGAGGAGAAAAAGAAACAUAAACUAUUGGUGACCUCCGGACCCGGGAGUAAUGUUGGCAACAACGAUAUCAGCCGAAUUAAUAACACUUUUGCAUUGAAGAGAGAAAAUGGGGAGGUCAUGCUGCCUCCUAAAGAGCACUCCAUCAAGGACAAGGCAAAAGAGAGAGACCGGGAGGAGAGGGAGAAGAAGAGGGUCAAAGACAGAGAGAGGGAAAAGGAGGAGAAGCAGAAGCACAAAGUGACCGACCAGAUCAAGAGGGAGAAUGGAGACGUCAAGCAGCCGAUUAAAGAUGAAAAAGAGAAGACCAAGAUCAACUCGGAGGAGCUGCAAAUCAAAAAAGUGAAGAAGAAAAAGAAGAAGAAACAUAAAGAGUGGGAGAAGCACAAACGAGUAAAGAUGUACCACCGCUCCUGCCAAACCAUUUGUGCUGGCCUGCUUCUUCUCCCUCCAUCCUCUCCACCUUCUACCUCAUCCUCUGAUCCCACUCACAACUCCUCCCCUUCUCCAUUUAAGUCUCCUCUACCCAUUUAUCUUCCACCCAACAACAAAACUGCACAACUCUUACCUUCCUCUCCUUUUCCCAUCCCCAAAUCUGUCUUAAACUGCUCUCUCCUCAACUCUCUUAACUCUCCAUUGUCCCCCACGAAGACACCCCAACCUUCCCAAACCAAACACCAGCCACAGGUCACCUAUCCUGGCAUGGCAGGCCUAGAGUUUGCCCCAUACAUACACAUAGAGAACCAGCCUAAUGGAGGGGCCCUGGUGGCCCAUGCCUACACUUCCCAGCUCUCCUCUCUCUCCAUGGGCCAGAGGCAGAGAUUUGCCCAGGAGUUUAUCACAUUGGCUUUCAGCGAGGACUCAUCCCAGGCAGCUAAUUACGUCAUGGGAAUUGUCCACGGAGAAGCCAGCUACCUGCCUGACUUCUUGGACUACUUCUCAAGCAAGUUCCCAUCAGCUCCUGUCAAAAUGGAAAUAUUGGGAAAGAAGGACAUAGAAACCACCACUAUGGUUAAUUUCUACUCUCAGGUGAAGAAGACGUACAGUAAUGGUACAUACAGAGCCGGAGCAAUGAGACAGAUCAGCCUGGUGGGAGCUGUGGACGAGGAGGUCGGGGAUUAUUUCCCAGAAUUCCUUGGCAUGCUGGAAGAGUCGCCCUUUCUGAAGCGGACUCUUCCAUGGGGAACGUUCUCCAGUCUGAGGCUGAUGGAUCCCACAGAGAGUGACGACGGUCCUAUAAUGUGGGUCAGACCAGGAGAGCAAAUGAUACCUGUAGCUGAUAUACCAAAGUCCCCUUUUAAAAGAAGACGCUCCACUAACGAGGUGAAGAACCUGCUGCAGUCGCUGCCCCGGACCAGCGAGCCCAGAGAGAUGCUGUUUGAGGAUCGGACUCGGGCCCACGCCGAUCACAUCGGUCAGGGCUUUGAGCGACAAACCACAGCGGCCGUGGGGGUGCUGAAGGCUGUACGAGCCGGAGAAAGCUCGGAGCCUCCUCGUGUAACCAAAGACGUUGUGUGUUUCCAUGCCGGUGAUUUCCCUCAUGUGGUCCAGAGGCUGCAGUUGGACCUAUACGAACCUCCGCUGUCUCAGUGUGUGCAGUGGGUGGACGACGCCAAGCUCAACCAGCUGCGUCGCGAGGGCAUCCACUACGCACGCAUCCGCCUGUGCCACGAUGACAUCUAUUUCAUCCCUCGCAACGUGGUCCACCAGUUUAAGACGGUGUCGUCUGUCUGCAGCCUGGCAUGGCACGUACGCUUAAGACAAUAUCACCUGGAAGAGGAGAGGGGCGGGGAAGAAGAAGAAGAAGAAGAGGAGGAGGAGGAAGAGCAGGUUGAGUUGAAGGACAAGGAGAGGAAAACAGUGGAGGAAGAAGAGGCAGUGGAGGGGAGGAGAGAAAAGAAGGAUGAGAAAGGAGUGAGGGAGAGGAUAAAAGAAGAGCAUGUGGAGGUUGAUGUGGCAGAAAGCAGGACGUUGUCGCCUGUCAAAAAUGAAGAACCGAAUCCUCCACCUCUUUUGUCUCAGCCCGCUCUCUCAGUAGACUGGAACAUGAGCAGCGCUAGAGACAAAGAGUUGGAGAAGGAGAGGCUAAAAGAAGGAGGGAAACCCAAACGACAGGACUCACCUCCUGCAAAGGUGAAAGCAGAACUUCCAGCUCGUCCUUUCUGCAGGAAUAAAUCCCCUUCACCUCUCUCUCCUGCCCCUCAUCCUCCUCAUCAGGACACAAAACCCAAAGCAGCAUCAUCAAAGCACCUUCAUCAUCACCCCCAUCACCAUCAUUCGGACAGCAGAAUGGUGUCUUCCAGUUUAAGGCCCACCUCUUCAGCGCCUAAAUCCCCCAUCUCUAAGUCUUUCUCUUCUUUGUCGCCUUCAGCGGUUACUUCUUUGCUCUCCUCUUUUGCUGCUCCCAAACCAUUCUCUACUUCUUCUCCAUCUCCUACUGUGUCCACAUCUUCCUCCGUAUCCACCUCAGCUACAUCUUCCCUGACUAGUCCCAAACCUGCAGUGGACUCGUGUUCCUCCCCACUCCCUCCUUCCACCGUCUCUUCGACUUCCCGGCUGUCUUGCUCCUCUGAGUUGGACCGGCUAAAAGACAAAGACUCCCUUCGCCUAAAGCCAGAUGUCCCUUCAGACACACGGACAUGGGCGCAGUCGGAGGUUCGAGCCUCACACGGGUCACCGGCUGCGGACAUACAAGCACACACCUCUGCGAGUUCACAAGCCGACACAAGGACACACACGCACGACAGACACGCAUACACGACAGACUUUCGGACACAAACACUCCAGGAGAGAUGGACUCACAGUGUGGACACCAGGACGUCUGUGGAGCCACAAAGGCCUCCGCCACAGGACACCGGGAGGCAAGGGAUGUACAUGCAGCAAUACACGCCCCAGCAUCUCCCACCUCCCCACCUCCCUCACAUGCUUCCCCCCUCUUUCUCCCCUCUCCUGCCACACUCCCAUCUUGCUCAUAGACCUCCAAUCCUCCCCCCAAAUCAGCUAUCCAAUCCCUCUCUCCCUGCACAGCCCCAACCCCUGAACUCUUACCUCUGUCAGAAAACACCACCACAUUCAGUUCACAUGAGCCAGCUCCACCUGCAUCCCCCGCACCAAGCCAACAUCAGCACCCAGUCCCAACCGUACUACCAGCCCCCCCAUAUCAACUCCCCGCAUCAAGCAAACACUCCCCUCACCGCCCCCCAGUCUCUUUCUCCACACCUGUCUCACCAUCACCAGUUCUCCCCGCAUGCCAACACCUACUUCCCCCCUCAGCAUCCCCACUUCUCCUCUCACCACUACCUCCCCCCUCAGUCUUUCCUCCCUCAGCCCCCCAGCCCUUACCCGCCACAGCCGCAAUACCAGCCUCAGUCUUUCCCUCACCCGCCUCCCCCUCCUUCCUCCACGCCGCCUCCCCCUCCUCCUUCUCUUCCACCGCCUCUCCCCCUUCAGCCCUGCCCUUCUGUGCUCCUCCCUCCCCCAAAGCAUGAAGAGGGGCAGAACCCGAUUUUAUAGGAGUUUUUGUACAUAACAAUGUUGUUUUUAAAUGACUGUAAAUGUACAGUACAAGGUUUUUAUUUUGGUUGUGAUGUUGUAAAACGAUGUACAAAGGAAAUAUGGAGGAAGACGGUGUCAUGUAUCGGUUUGAACACACGUAGUUUAUGAAGCUGAGUCGAACUUUAUUCACCCCAGACCUUUUGACUCGUUUAGAUUGUACUGAAUGCUUUGGUUGAACCGGGUCAGAAAUAUUGAGAAUUGAUUGCAUUUAUUGGUAGAUUUCAGUUUAUUACGGUAGCCGUCAGUUACAAACUGCUCCACCGGUUCUGACUUAAAAGAAGAUGUUAUUCAGGAUCAAGGGUUGAAUGAGCUCCCUUGUCUGCCAAACUGCUGUCUGGUUCAGUUUUUUCUUUAAGUGAGCCGUCAGAGGUAGGAAGGAAAAAAAGGUACAUUUCUGUUUUUACAGACUUGGUGUCGGAUAUUUAUAUGAAAAAAGGUCAUUAGGAUGAUGACCUUUUUGUGAAACAUGCAGCUAAUGCUUCCAUUUUUGUGGCUUUUUUUCUAGUAUAUUCUUUGUGCCCAAGACUAAUAUUUCUACAUUUCCGCUACUAUAUUGAAUUGUUGCAUCUUAAUCAGUACAGUAUAUCACAGUGUUCCCCUGAAAUUGUAUUUUGAGCAAUAAUGCUCCGCAAUAAUCUGCAGAAUAUAAAUCUAAAUGCAUUUCCCCAUUAUUGAAAUGGUGACAGCACGUAUCAGUAUUCAGAAUUCGAAGCUAUUGAUACAAAACCAUUGAUUUCAUAUUGAAUCAUGUUAGGACAUUUCCAGUGUUUUAUUGCGCGUCAAUUAUUAGUUUAGUAAGCUGCAGUAAACAGUAGCAUCGUAAAGAGAAACACAGUUUAAUGGAAUAUUUUGACAUCUUGGAAAAUGCGUUUACUUGCUGUCUUGACGGGAACUAGAUGAGAAGAUCGACACCUCUCAUGUCUGUACAGUCAAUAUAAAGCUGGAGCUUAGCUUAGCUUAGCUUAGCAUAAAGACUGGAAACACUGGAGUCUUGUCAUCUCUGUCAGAAGCCAGGCAACCAUCGAAAGUCUAAUUACAAGUCACUGUUCCUGCAUCUACGUCUUAGCUAGCUUGCUAACCUGCUUCAGCUUUAUAUUUACCAUACAGACAUCAGAGUGGAAACAAUCUAACUCUCUGAAAAACACAAACAAAACAAAUAUUUUUUCAAAAUACGCCUAUUUUUUCAAAUGUCAAAAAAGGGUUGCGAUUAUCUUGUACCUGUAGCCCUCAACACUAGUGGCAGAGCUCUUAGUGUAACCUUGCAGUGUUUUUCAGUGUCUGUUGGAUGUGUACCAGGGUCUCCUCUAAUUUUGGAAACAGAGCACUCGCUGUUCAGCCAAGGACGAAUUUGACCCAAGCCAAGGCUGCUGCACAGAGCGGCCUUCAGAGUCUCAGGAAGAAAAGAAAAACAUUCAGCACACAUCCCCGAAUAUAUUGGUUUCCGGAAUCAAUCCUAAAUCUUAGUUACCUUUAGGUAAUUGUUCAGAGUCAUUGGAAUAUUCAAUCUGCAGCUUUACAUUAUUAGUACCUAUGCAGCUACAUUAAGAGCUCGCCAUGACUUAACUUUUGAUCUUAUGGCAUCUAGAAAAGAAUAACUGAAUGAGCAGAGCAAUAUCAUACAGAUGCAGUAGGUCAAGACUUCCAAGAUGCGACUCAUUACAGCACUUUGUAACAAAGAUAUAUUGACUACUGUUUAAAUGGUAUUGAUAUUAUUGGGUAUAUAUUCAGAUGUACAGGGCAAUUUGUGUUUCUUCCAAGACUAUUCUGUUAAUCAUUCAGGCCUAAGACUAAUAUGAUACAAUUGUUUUUAUUAUUUAUGGACACAUGAAGAAGGUACACUGUCGAGUUCAUUCCCAAAGCACUAUUUAUCUAUUUAACUGAAGUCUAGUUCUGUACAGUGUGGAGCAUCAUAUCUAUUGAAAUGUCUUAUUUAUCAGACAGGGACUGGAGUGACCUCUUGUGUUUAAAAAGUACAAUAAAUUAUUGACAUUUUAUUUUUUAGCCACAACUUUUAUUAUUAUUCUCCCAAGUGGUGGAUACCUGAUUUCGGAAUCAAACUCUUUUGUCUCACUUGAAAACGUGAUGUUGUUAUUGAUGUCUUGAUUUUACUAUCAAUAUUGGAGUACAGCCCACUUGCUAAUGUAGCCCACAACAUUUCCCCAGUGCCUGUCCUUAACUGUGAACUACUAAAUGAUCCAGAGCCUUAUAGAGGAGGAGUUCUGUCAUUUCUUGGGAGUUUUGAGUUUUAACUAGAAAAUGAAAGCAAAGCCUUAAUUUGGUCUCUAAAGCCACUGAAGCUAAACGUCUGCAGCAUAAGUUGGGAUGAGUCAAAUUUUGUGGUUCAGUGGGACGAUGCCCUAGAAGUAGGGUUGUUUUCCAUGAUUGGUCUUACUGCCAGCCUGUCUGCCAGGACUUCAUUUCAGAGACAGAACUCUUCGCUUUGUGGCUUUGGGGAGAGAGAGAAGGUGACGAUUAAGCACUUAUUGCCCGUUGCAAGGCGAUCUGCAGCUUUUUUUAUGCUUUUGGUUUUCAGAUGUUACAAAAAAAAAAAAAAAACCUGAUGGGAACUUCUAUAUUUUUUUGUACAAAUGUGACAAAAUUAUGGUUGGAAACAAAACUAGUCUUCGGGGGCUACGUUGUUUUCACAGAAUAUAUUUAUCUCAAGGUUUUUGGUUUGUUUGUUUUUCUAUUUUGUUUCUGUGAUUUUGAACUGUCAGCACUGUAGUGUACAUAAGAGGUUUUGUAAAGAGGAAAAAAGUUGUAGUGUGGUUUCUACUUUAAAUAUGAGCCUAGCUAAUAAAAGGUUCAGUGUAUGGAAAA